UGUAAUAUAUAAUACACAAUUUCCAUCAUCACAUCUUCUCUUUAUAUCCACAACCGCCGGUCAACCACCACCACCUCAUCCGUCGUAGCCGGCCGCUUGCCCACCAUGGAUCUUCUUCCACAUCUCCUCCUCCUUCUCCUCACUUUGCUUUCCCUCAUCGAUCCAUCUUCUCAAUCUUCCCAAGUAUCCAUCUCCGUAUCCCCCACCGUCCUCUCCAAGUCCGGCGACACGGUCCGGAUCCAAUGGACCGGCGUUGACUCUCCCUCCGACCUCGACUGGCUCGGGAUCUACUCCCCACCGGACUCCCCGGAUGACCUCUUCAUCGGCUACGUCUUCCUCUCGACCGACCCGGCUCACCUGACCUCCGGGUCUGGCUCCGUCUCCCUCCCCCUCCCCAACCUCCGGGCCAACUACACCUUCCGGAUCUUCCGAUGGUCCAAGUCCGAGAUCGACCCGACCCGGCUCGACCACGACCACAACCCGCUGCCGGGAACCCGCCACCAGCUCGCGACCUCGGAUGCUGUCGGCUUCUCGACGGGCCGCCGGCCGGAGCAGGUCCACCUGGCGUUCACGGACCGGGAGGACGAGAUGAGGGUCAUGUUCAUGACGGGGGACAAGGAGGAGAGGCUCGUGAGGUACGGGGAGAGCGAGGGGGAGCUUGGGUCCUCGGCGGCGGCUUUGGUGGAGAGGUACGAGAGGGAGGACAUGUGCGAUGAGCCUGCGAACGAGACCGCCGGGUGGAGGGACCCCGGGUGGAUUCACAGCGCAGUCAUGAAGGAUUUGAAGAAGGGCUUGAGGUACUAUUAUCAGGUUGGUAGCGAUUCUGGGGGUUGGAGUCCAAUGUACAGCUUUGUAUCACGGGACACACACUCUGAUGAGGCAUAUGCUUUCCUCUUCGGGGACAUGGGAACUGCAACUCCCUACACGACUUUCUACAGAACCCAAGACGAGAGCAUAUCAACUAUGAAAUGGAUCCUCCGAGACCUUGAAGCGCUAGGGCCCAGCAAGCCCAGCUUUGUGUCCCACAUUGGAGACAUCAGCUAUGCGAGGGGCUACUUGUGGCUUUGGGACCACUUCUUCACCCAGAUAGAGCCUGUUGCUGCCCGUGUGCCUUACCAUGUCUGCAUCGGGAACCAUGAGUACGACUGGCCCGCGCAGCCUUGGAAGCCUGAUUGGGCAAAGACGAUUUACGGGAAGGACGGAGGAGGUGAGUGUGGGGUACCCUACAGUCUAAGGUUCAAAAUGCCCGGCAACUCUUCCGAGCCAACAGGGACAAGGGCCCCGGCAACCCGUAACCUCUACUACUCAUUUGAUGUGGGGCCAGUCCACUUUGUCUACAUGUCAACGGAGACAAAUUUCCUCCCUGGGAGCGCCCAGUACGACUUCUUGAGGAAUGAUCUGGAAUCGGUUGACAGGGAGAAGACCCCGUUCGUGGUGGUUCAGGGGCAUAGACCAAUGUACACGACGAGCUAUGAGGCCCGAGAUGCUCCAAUAAGGGCACAAAUGCUUGAGCACAUCGAGCCUUUAUUUGUGGAGAAUGGGGUGACCCUUGCUCUGUGGGGCCAUGUUCAUCGAUAUGAAAGAUUCUGCCCAUUGAGGAACUUUACAUGCAGGACGACCGAAGGAUACCCGAUUCACAUUGUGAUCGGGAUGGCAGGUCAGGACUGGCAACCUGUCUGGCAGCCGAGAUCGGACCAUCUGAAAGACCCAAUCUAUCCACAGCCGGCAAGAUCUUUGUACCGAGGUGGGGAGUUUGGGUACACAAGAUUAGUUGCUACGAGGGAGAAGCUGACCCUUUCUUAUGUGGGGAAUCAUGACGGCGAAGUGCAUGAUAAGGUGGAGAUUCUGGCAUCAGGGCUGGUAGUGAGCAGCGGUAUUGAUGAUGCUGAGGGGAUGAAGAAUGGCGGGGUGGUCGAGUCAUCCUUUUCAUGGUUUAUGAAGGUAGCCAGUGUGCUGAUUCUCGGGGCUUUUAUUGGGUACAUUCUCGGUUACGUCUCGCAUGCCCAGAGGGAGGGUGCAAUGAAAUGGAGGUGGUCCCCCUUGAAGAAUGAAGAUGUGUGAGAGUCCCAGAAUUCUUUGAAACUGUUGCUGUCUGGGUUUCAUUGAAGAAGAAAGACUUGUGACUUCCACUUAAGUCAGAACACAAACUACGAUAUAAUCUGAUGUCGAGAUAUUAUGUUCUUAGGCAGCUGGCAAUGAUCCGGAUGGUCCCUUAAGAGUUUGUGCAACGACCGGAAGUUCAGAGAACUUGGUGAAGAAUGACUUGUUGGGACAGGACAGUCUCUUGUAAAUAUGUCCCUUAAGAAGUUUAAACAAUAGUGUGUUAAUUAGUUCGGCCUUGUGAAUGGUACCCGUCAAAUCUUCUCGACGGCUAUGGACUAAUAGCUUCAAAAUAAAAGAACAUAUGUUGCCUGUACUGUUAAGUCAAUCAACAUAGUAUUUGACACCUUCUUGUUCAGUUGAACUGGCUAUAUUUCAGAACAAGCAAUUGUUUCUCGUA